CUGCUGAACCCUGCCAACUUAAGCCCAUGCGUUAACAGAAAACACACAAUGUCCCCACACACUUGACAUCAUGAUGUCUUGUUAUUUUUUAAUUCAAUGGAGGUUUUGGAAUACUUAAUAGCUCACGAUGAUGUCUCCUCCGUCUACCGUGAGUUUGUCGUGCAGGUGGAAGAUGCUCCUCAUCAGCCUUUGGAUUCAAAUAGGGUUUGUUUUUGUUGUUGUUGCACAAAGCAAGAAUGGAACUGUCCGUUACUUGUCAAAGCAAGAUGUUUUGCUCUUAAAGGAAGAGCAGGAUCCUAAAUGUUUCACCCGCACAGGAGUGGAUUUCACCUGCUUUUUUGAAAGUGAAGACAACAGAACAUAUGACUUACUCUACAAAUUUAACAGCAUGCAGAGAGAGAGGAGGAGAGGUGACAUGACUGUCCAGAGAUCAGAGGAGGGAACUUUCCUUCACAUCUACUCGUUUCCUGCUGUGGACGUUUUGCUUUUUUUGGAGACUCAGCUCGACGUCGUGCUGCACAGCACCAACGUCAGCCUCUGCAGUCGCACCGUCUCUGUGGAAGACCACUUCCUUCUUGAUCCUCCCUUCAAUGUGGCUUUACACCAAAAUGGACGAGUGGGACAGCUGCUGGUCUCAUGGCACAUAAAUGUCCCCACGUACUGUGGAGAUGCAAUGUACAGGAUUCAAUAUUCCUCCGAGGGUCUCGGCCAGAGGACUGAAGAGGUGAAUAAGUACACAUUCACCAAAGCCACACUGAACUCUCUGGUACCGGGGGAGGAGACCGACAUCAAGGUCACCAUCAAAUGUGCCUUUAGUCCCAGUGCAGGACACUGGAGCCGCUGGUCUCACCCAGUGAGAGCCAUGGUUCCCCAGAGGGCAGAUGACAUUUCACUCAUGUGCUACACGUCGGACUUAGAAAACAUCACCUGUCAGUGGAAUGGGAGCAGAUAUGGGGUGGAAGAAGAGUACAAACUCUUAUUCAAGAUGGGGCUCGGUAAAGAAUGGACUGAAUGCCUGGGCCAGAGCACGUUCUGUCAUGUGUGCCGUUUCCGUGGAGAUUACUCCAAAAAAGUCCAGGUCAAACUCAGCAGCACUCGGACUCCCCUGAGCAGAACGUUCUACAACGAAGAGUUCACUCUUAACACGACCAUCAAAACAUCCGCACCGGCUCAGCUGAGAGAAACAGUGCUAAAAGACAUGAUGUGUUUGAAAUGGGAAGCUCCUCUUCUCUCUCUGUCAGCUCACCUGCAGUAUGAAGUUGGCUAUCAGACCAGAGGAAGUGAAGCGUGGCUGAUGGUUUCAUUAAAAGGACCAGGUGCUGGCACGUGUCUUCAGGUUCCAUUAGGCAGCCAGUACCAUGUAAGAGUCCGAGCUAAACCCAAUGGGUUCAUUUACUCCGGCCACUGGAGUGACUGGUCAGACGUGCUCACUCAUCACAGCUCCAUUGACACAGGAAUGUUGCUCAUGCUGUGCAUCCCCAUCUCCAUGAUGAUAAUUGCCGUCUUACUUAUUUCCACAUAUUUCAGUAAACUCAAGCAGUAUUUUUGGCCCCCAAUGCCCAAUCUGGACAAAGUCCUGCAAGAAUUCCUGACAGAGAUUGACAGGGAAAGAUGGGAUCCUCCACCCACAGUGAAGCAAUGGCCUGAGGAAACCACCUCAUCUGUGUUGGAGAUCAUAUCUGAAGAUUCAGAAGUGAGGAGACGCUCAGGAGAGAGCCACCAGCUCCUGCCACCAGAGGUCACUGUCUCGUGUGGAAAACACACAGAUGGACACCUGAGGAGUGAAGUGUCUCCAGACUACGUGACUCUGAACAAAGACAGUCUCGUUCUUUGCCCCAAAGGAAACAAGUACAUGCACGAGAAGGUCGGAGAGACGGGGGGCGUCUCAGUCAGUGUCUCACCUCCACCUCGCUCAGUCACCGACCUUCUGAACUACUCCUACGUGCCUCUGACUGAGGCUGCAGACACAUCAGACUGUCAGUGCAGGGUCACUCCUGCAAACCAACCAGGGAACAUUUAUACUAAUUUACCCUGCAGCUAAAUGGAACUGUUACACAAGUGUUUCUGCAGAUUUAACUGUAUAGCCUAUUUUUUUCAUUACAGUUCAAGCUUUUUGAGAUAAAUAAUAUGAUAUAUGUUUGUAAAUGUAUUUAUCUGCACUGCUUUGUCUAUAAAGGCACUACAGGAAACAAUUGUUUGAGGGUAAACGUGCUAAUAAUAUAUAUAAAAUUCUCCAUGGCUUUGAUUAACGAGGUGACUGUAAUGUGUGUUAUGACCAGACCAUCAGAACUGUAGCUUCUUUUCAAAUUUUCAUAUUAAUUUAUCUACAUGAGAAGAUUUUAUAAGUCUUAACCUCUGUAAAAUAUAUACAGUGCUUAACACAUUUAUUAGACCAACAGCCAGUGUAAGG